GAAUAACAGGAAUAUCAGCUGUAUAGCAAUCUUAAUUCGUCAAAUCAAUGGGAAAUGUUAUACAUGUUGCUGGAUAUCUAAGAUGACUUAGAAAACCUGUCUAGUACUUUUAGAAGAGCAAUUGGCAAGAUCUACAUCAACAGGCCGAGCAUAGAUAUCGAUGAAUAACACAACAGAUAUGGAUCCGGAAAAGGCCUUCUGGGUCGAACCAUGGGACAACAGUCUGCAAAACUCCUUCGUGGCCAUUAUAGGUCUGGCCAUGUUCCUGGUCUUAGUCGCGUUCCUGUGGAAAUGCUGUGACUGGGUCGAGGAGAAACCGAACCCAAACAUUCCCAAACAAAGCUUCCCAUUGACGCCAGUUUAUGCACAUGAGCUGGAACCAGGGCUUGUUGUCCUUCAGAGUCAGGACGGGGAAUUCUUUAGAAUACUCCAGGAAUAUGACGCCAAUAAAACGUGUAAUGGGCGUACCAAUCCCGCUGCUGCAUGCGCAGAUCCCCCAAUAGGGGAGACAACUAUUCAAUAUAUCCCUCAAUACACGCGACCAUUUUACCAAAACCAACCAACAGCGCCCCCUGCUCGACCGGAUACAGAUCGUUUGAUUGACGCACCAAUUCCUUCCACGCCUCCUGUUCCUCCCCCAUAUUCCCAGUACUAGUUACAAAUUGAGAGUAAGUGACAUUCGUUCGAUAAUGAACAAUUAUCAAUAUGAAACCUUGUUACGUAAAAUUGAACACAUAUGGCAAAUAAAAUACAGGAUUGAUAACACUUCCCAAAAUAUUUUAUUUGGGAGCACAUAUCAACCACAGUCUACAUUGUAAACUAGACAUCGUCUGUCAUUUUCACAAGUACAAUGUAUCAUUUCCAUGAUUUGUUCGUUAAAUAACUACUAUUUAACCUCAAUAAUCUAGCCACAGUCUUUCUCAACAAAAGUAACGAGAAUUGGAAAAGAAUUCAAUCGAUCGCUUAAAACAGCAGCUGGACAGUGGGCCAUCGGAUACAGAGUUGCUGGAUAACGGUGAGUGGAGGACGGGUCGACUGGAUAACGGUGACUGGAUAACGGGUCGACUGGAUAACGGUGACUGGAUUGCGAGACGGCCGGAUUAGUGACUCUUACUUAUAUAUCAUAUAUGUCCACUACUCAAUGGCACUCAAAUACUUCCAUGAUUUGCUGCAUUCAUCAUACAUUUAAUUGUUCGAUAGUUUUAUUAAAGUUAUGACCAUUGAUA